GUACUAAAAUAGUGAAAAAAACUGACCGAGAAGUUCAUUUCUAAGUUAAAAGAAUUUAAGAAAUUAAAUUAUUAACACAAACUAUGCGUGAUAAAGUUAACUAAAGUUGUUAACAAGGUUUCAAUAUCUAAUGAUAAUUGAAUCUGAUGUUGCAAAGAUAAUCAAAACGAGACGAAAAUUAUGUCAUUAGACAUAAAGGAAAAAAUAAACAAAAGAUGUGAAAAAUCAUUACUCCAAGUCAAAGUUUCAAAGAUUGAUUUAGUAUACCUGAUAAACCCUGAUAAUGAAGUUAUGAGAAUGGACAGUUUAAAAAAGAAACGAAGAUGCUUACUUAUAUUUUUUAUCAUAAUUAUUCUCUCUAUAAUCGGGACCGUAUUUUUCGGCUUCUUCGCUUGCAAUGAAGAAAUGUGCGCCUUCAGUAAGAAGAAACUUCUCACAGAUCAUCACUUUCAUUUAAAUCAUAAAACUGAUAAUUUAAGUAGUCUCACAAAGCACAAAGUAGAAAAUCAUUUAAAGGGUUUAAGUUACGAUGAAGUGCUCAACGAUGAUUUUCAGAGUAAAUUUGACAUCACAAAGUUUGAUGUUAUGGUUUUUCUGCACAUACAAAAGACGGGAGGUACAAGCUUUGGAAAGCACUUAGUCAGAGAUUUAGAUCUAAAGAGAAAAUGCACGUGCCAAAGAAAAAAGAAGCGAUGUUAUUGCUUCAGACCCAAUAGAAAUGAAAAUUGGUUAUUUUCAAGAUACUCAACAGGAUGGAAGUGUGGUUUACACGCCGAUUGGACUGAAUUGACAGGCUGUGUAGAUCAAGAACUUGACAAAAAUGAAGGUGAAACCACCAAAAGAAGAUAUUUUUACAUCACUCUUCUUCGAUCUCCAAUACCAAGAUAUCUUUCCGAAUUUCGUCACGUACAAAGAGGAGCGACAUGGAAGAAUUCGAGACAUUUUUGUCUCGGACGUUCCGCAACUGCAGAAGAGCUUCCAGCUUGUUACAGCGGUGACAACUGGGUUGAUGUAACACUUGACGAAUUUGCUGAUUGUGAAAGUAACUUAGCAGCUAAUCGACAGACGAGAAUGUUAGCAGAUCUUGCAUUAGUCAACUGCUACAACAAAACUUCGAUGCCAUUACAUGAACGAAAUCGAAUUAUGCUAGCAAGUGCAAAGAGAAACUUAGCUGCGAUGUCGUUCUUUGGUCUCACCGAAUAUCAAAAGAUAUCUCAAUACAUUUUUGAAGAGACAUUUAAUCUCAGGUUCGCCAUACCAUUUGAACAGCACAAUUCAACACUUUCGAUGCAAGCAUUUGAAGGUCUCAAUCCGUUCCAAAAAAAGAAAAUAAAAGAUAUUAAUGCACUUGACAUAGAACUCUAUGAUUUUGCAAAACAAUUAAUGUUUCAAAGAUUUGAAAAGCUCAAAGCCAAAGACAAUGAUUUUGAGUUUCGAUUUUCCAAUUUAGGCAAUAUAGCAGUUAAGAAUGGAGGGACAGAAUUUAAUUGGGAGAGUAACAUUGACAAUUUGGUAUCGAUUGUAUAA